UGUUGUUGACGAGCGCUUGCGCAUGCAACAUGCAAGUACUGAUAAGUUUUGUUUUGUGCGGGUUUUGUGACACGGCAUUUGAGUUUUAAUUUGUGAAAAAUACUGAAUUUUGCAUACAAAACUGUGAAAUUAAACUACAAUAAUGGCAAUGUUUGAAAAGUUAAGAAAAUAUUUCUGCAUAUACUUGGAACAAUCUUUUAAAAUAUUAGACACAACAUCAUUUAUUAAAAAAUGUACAGAUCAUUGUUCAAAUGAAGCCGACAGAAAAUCGGCAGUCGAUCAAGCAUUACGGGACACUUUGCUCGACAUUUUAUCGAAUAAUUCAUCAGGAAAUGUUGAUGCACUCGAAUCCUACAUUUCAUUUUGCAUCGAACUUUGUCGAAAGGAUUUAGCAACAACGAGUGUUCCUGUAAUGUUGCUAGGGGAUAUAUUUGACACAAUGACUUUAGAUCGUUGCGAAAAUCUCUUCACAUUUGUGGAAAACAAUGUUGUCGUUUGGAAAGAGGAAAUGUUCUUUGGAGCGUGUAAAAAUAAUUUGCUGAGGAUGUGCAAUGAUCUUCUAAGAAGGCUUUCUCGCUCUCAGCAAACUGUUUUCUGCGGACGAAUUCUCCUCUUCUUGGCUAAAUUCUUUCCAUUCUCGGAGAGAUCUGGAUUGAAUAUCGUCAGCGAGUUUAAUUUAGAAAAUCAUACAGAAUUUGGAACCGAGAAAUCCGAGGAUGUCUUGGAACAAAUGGACGAAGAUGGCGACAAAUCGGAGAACAAAAUACCGAUUGAUUAUAAUCUUUACAGGAAAUUUUGGGCAUUGCAAGAUUUUUUCCGGAAUCCGAAUCAGUGUUACAACAAAAUGCACUGGAAGGUCUUUUCAGCGCAUGCUUCGAAUGUAUUGUCCGCCUUUGCAUCUUUUAAAUUGGAAGAACAGAGAAGUUGUCCUGCGGCUGUGAAAAGUGAUUCCUCGAUGGAGGUUACGCAUAAGGAGACGCAUUAUUUUGCGAAGUAUCUUACGAAUCAAAAAUUGCUAGAACUUCAGCUUUCUGACUCAAAUUUUCGGAGAUAUGUGCUGCUUCAGUUUCUCAUUUUGUUCCAGUAUUUAAAUAGUACGGUCAAAUUCAAAGCGGAAACGCAUGAGUUAAAAACGGAUCAAAUCGAAUGGGUGAAAUCAACAACGGAACAAGUUUACACACUUCUUGCCGAAACCCCUCCCGAUGGUUCAGGUUUCGCGGAAAUUGUUAAACACAUUUUGGCUAGAGAAGAGCAUUGGAAUGCCUGGAAAAAUGAAGGUUGUCCUGAUUUUAAAAGGCCGGCGCCCGAUGUCACUGACGAGGAUACGAAGGAAACAAAAAAACCGAGAAGAUCGCGUCGAAGAAUUGGGGAUGUUGUGAAAGAGGCGCAGUUGCAAGGAAAAUAUCACAUGGGAAACCCUGAGUUGACAAAAUUGUGGAACCUCUGUCCAAAUAAUUUAGAAGCUUGUAAGUCUAAGGAACGAGACUUCCUUCCCUCUUUGGAAACAUAUUUCGAGGAAGCGAUUAUACAAGCAGACCCGGCAGCUAUGGUCGAUGAGGAAUAUAAGAAAGUAAAUGAUGGAAGCUUCGGCUGGAGAGCUUUGAGGCUUUUAGCAAGGCGCAGUCCUCAUUUCUUUGUCCAUGGGAACUAUCCUAUUAAUAAACUUCCUGAGUACCUGGAAACGAUGAUUAAAAAAAUAGCCAAAGAUCGACCGCAAACUCAAAAUGAUGCGCAAAAAGAAGCUGACGAGACUCCUCCUGAGUCAAAUGAUCAGGAGUUCAGUGAAGAAGUUUUACAAAAAGAAGCUGAACAGGAAGCUGAAAAUGCAGAAAAUGCAGAAAGAGCAGAAAAUGCGGAAAGAGCAGAAAGAGCAGAAAAAGCAGAAAGAGCAGAAAGAGCAGAAAAUUCAGAAAAAGCAGAAAAAGUUUGUAAACUUACGCCGGAACUGAUAGCGAAAUUGGCUGAAUCUUUGAAAGGUGAUUGGAAAGAGUUAGCGUCUAAGUUAGGAUACAAGGAUAACGAGGUACGUGAGAUUGAGUUUUACCAAGAGAAGCCCACAGAAUUUGAACAGUGCAAAACAAUUUUGGAAAUAUGGGCAGAUGCAGUGGAAGAUGCUUCAAUAGAAACCCUUACUGGCGUCCUAGAGGAAUUAAAGUUCACGGAAGCUCUGGAAGUUUUAAAAUCAUAAUUGAUCAUUUUCAAGAAAAAUACGUUUAAGGGUAAUUUAUAAUUUUUUUUACUACUAAGGACCUUAAAGCAUUCAUUCAAUAAACUGUCUAAAUUAAAAUUAAAGUUGUAUGCUUUCACGUGUAGAAUUUUAUACAAAUAUAUUUUGUAGAGAUAUGUUUG